AUGGCUUCCAGCCGUGCAUUUGCACACCUGUCCACCCCUCCAAGUCUGCCUGCCACCCCACCGAGCCCCGGAAACGGUAAAGGCGACGGCGGUAACAGAACCUCCCAUGUCACUCCUACACCUCAAUUUGUAUUCCCAUCAAUAAAUAUUGCCAGCGACGACGACGACGACGACGACGACGGCGACAAACGACACGAUACUGACAACGGCGGCUACGACGGUAGCAACAGCUCCUCCCACGUGGAUUCCACACCCAUAAGCUCUGGCUUUUUAUCACCCUCUUCUAACCGGAAACUGGACUUCCUUCGUCCAGACACAAUAGCCAUGGCUGAAGACGAUCCUCAUUCUGCCGGGGGCUCUGCCGUCCCAAGCCCCUUCAACUUCCAGACGCAGGUCAUUUCAACGUCGCCUGUCAAGUCGAACAUCGGCCAGCGCCGCGGUCAUCGGUACAAGCAUAGUUCAAUUUCGACACAGCACCAGAUCUUUCAAGAACCACCUCAGCGGCCACCACCUGUUCUGCCAGCCUCACUCCCUAUACCAACCGUUCGGGAGGCAUGGAAGAGCAUGUCUCGCGAUCAGCGUGCCCGGCUCUACUGGAGCUUGUGCCACUUGGCCAUUGCAUCUUGGCUAUUCUUCAUAUCCGAAGGCUCAAUGGCAAUGAUGGGACUGUCUCACUUGGUCUUCUUUGAUGCCGGCAGUGCCGCUAUUUGUGUCGCUGUCGAGGUCCUUGGCAAUUUCGAAGUCUGGCGGCGUAGCAGUAUCCGCCACCCAUUCGGUCUCGAGAGAGCUGAGGUUCUCGCCGGCUUCGCCAUGUCUAUUUUCUUGCUCUUCGGCGGAUUCGAUCUUAUAUCACAUAACCUCAAACAUUGGCUCGAGACAAAAGGCGGGCAUGAACCUCACCAUGAACAUAUACAUGAUCGAGUAUCGGCCGGAGAGAUAGACUGGGCCGCCUUUGCGGCGAUCGCCAGCACAGCUAUAUCCGCGUACGGCCUAAAGAACCACGCUCGCAUUGCUAGAAUUAUGCGAGUGUCCUGGCUUGCCGGCCUUCCUACCCACUUCUCUAACAUUUUCCAUGUUUUGACUGUGUUCUUCUCCAGCUUAUUACUUCUCCUACCCCUGCUUUCUAUCAAGACUUACAUAUGGUUGGAUCGGACACUUUGCGCUGCCAUUGCUGCCUCCAUGUUUCUGUUCGGCGCCAAGUUGGCUAUGGCUCAGGCUUUGAUGCUAUUGAUGUCGUACGGCGGCAACGGGGGUAACGAGGGUGUGACCUCUGUGGUGCGGGAGAUUGAGGCGGAGCCUGACGUCACGCGUAUUGAGGAUGCACAAUUCUGGCAAGUGCACUAUGGCUUAUGCAUGGCUAACCUCAAAAUCUGCGUUGCUAAAGGUUGUGACGAGGGCACCAUCAGCAAGUUACGCAGCCGGAUAUCAACCUUGAUUCAGAACAGACUUGGCGAAGGUUAUGGUCGGGGCACGAGUUUGAGAUGGGAGGUAACCUUGCAGACGAGCAUUGACGUAACUGUUUAA